GCGGCGAAUGCGCUUGGUCACGGGCUGGAAGCGGCAUCUUCUCGGAAGUCUCCCUCGCUGCGCCCCUUCUCCGCCCCGGGAGCGCCGAGCCGGCCGGGACCGCGACCUCACGGCGCCAUGAUCACCUCAGCCGCUGGAAUUAUUUCCCUUCUGGAUGAGGAAGAGCCAGAACUCAAGGAAUUUGCUCUCCACAAACUGAACGCCGUUGUCAAUGACUUCUGGGCUGAGAUCUCUGAAUCAGUGGAUAAAAUUGAAAUUCUGUAUGAAGAUGUUGGGUUUCGUAGUCGGGAGUUUGCUGCUUUGGUGGCCUCCAAAGUGUUCUAUCACUUAGGAGCUUUUGAAGAAUCCCUGAACUAUGCCUUGGGAGCUGGCAACCUUUUCAACGUCAAUGACAAUUCUGAAUACGUAGAGACCAUUAUCGCAAAAUGCAUUGACCAUUACACCAAACAGUGUGUGGAAAAUGCCGAACUGGCUGAGGGGGCCCAGAAAGCAGUCGAUCCUCGCUUGGAAGGGAUCGUAAACAAGAUGUUUCAGCGCUGCUUAGACGAUCACAAGUACAAACAGGCCAUCGGCAUUGCCUUGGAGACCCGCAGGCUGGAUAUCUUUGAGAAAACCAUUUUGGAAUCGAAUGAUGUUCCGGGAAUGCUGGCCUACAGCUUAAAACUUUGCAUGUCUUUGAUGCAAAAUAAACAGUUCCGCAAUCAAGUGUUGAGAGUUUUGGUUAAAAUUUACAUGAACCUGGAAAAACCGGAUUUCAUCAAUGUGUGUCAGUGCCUCAUUUUCUUGGAUGACCCACAAGCCGUCAGCGACAUCUUGGAGAAGCUGGUGAAGGAGGACAACCUUCUCAUGGCUUACCAGAUCUGUUUUGACUUGUACGAAAGUGCCAGUCAGCAGUUCCUCUCUUCGGUGAUUCAGAACCUCCGCAGUGUUGGCACCCCCAUUGCCUCCGUGCCUGGAUCUACCAACACGGGGACGGUCCCUGGGUCCGAAAAAGAAGGAGAGGUGAUGGAGACAGAGGAGAAGACAGGUAGCCCAGCUGCUACAGUGAAGUCAGCUCAAACAAAUUCAGGAACGAAGGACCAGAUUCCCAAAAUGAUAAAGAUUUUAAGUGGGGAAAUGGCCAUUGAAUUACACCUGCAGUUCUUAAUACGAAACAACAAUACAGACCUCAUGAUUCUAAAAAACACGAAGGAUGCGGUGCGGAAUUCUGUGUGUCACACCGCCACAGUUAUCGCAAAUUCCUUCAUGCAUUGUGGAACAACCAGUGAUCAGUUCCUUAGAGAUAAUUUGGAGUGGCUUGCCAGAGCUACUAACUGGGCCAAGUUUACUGCUACCGCCAGCCUUGGUGUCAUUCAUAAGGGUCAUGAGAAGGAAGCUCUUCAGCUGAUGGCAACGUACCUCCCCAAAGACACGUCUCCGGGGUCAGCCUAUCAGGAAGGGGGCGGCCUCUAUGCCUUGGGGCUCAUCCACGCCAACCACGGGGGCGAUAUCAUAGACUACUUGCUGAACCAGCUGAAGAAUGCCAGCAACGAUAUCGUUCGGCAUGGGGGAAGCCUGGGGCUUGGCUUGGCUGCCAUGGGGACAGCGCGCCAGGAUGUCUAUGACCUCCUGAAAACCAACUUGUAUCAGGACGAUGCGGUGACAGGUGAAGCGGCGGGUCUGGCCCUGGGCCUGGUGAUGCUGGGAUCUAAAAACGCUCAGGCCAUUGAGGACAUGGUGGGCUACGCCCAGGAAACCCAGCAUGAGAAGAUUUUGCGGGGCUUAGCGGUUGGCAUUGCCCUGGUGAUGUACGGCAGAAUGGAGGAAGCUGAUGCCCUCAUAGAAAGCCUCUGCAGAGAUAAGGACCCUAUUCUCCGUCGUUCGGGGAUGUAUACUGUCGCAAUGGCUUACUGUGGCUCCGGAAACAACAAAGCGAUCAGACGUCUGUUGCAUGUUGCGGUGAGCGAUGUCAACGAUGAUGUCAGACGAGCAGCUGUUGAGUCUCUGGGCUUUAUUUUGUUCAGGACUCCUGAACAAUGUCCAAGUGUCGUUUCCUUGUUGUCAGAAAGUUAUAACCCUCAUGUCCGUUACGGAGCAGCCAUGGCCUUGGGUAUCUGCUGUGCUGGGACAGGAAACAAGGAAGCAAUUAAUUUGCUGGAGCCAAUGACAAACGAUCCUGUCAACUAUGUGCGUCAAGGGGCUCUGAUCGCAUCUGCCCUUAUCAUGAUCCAGCAGACAGAAAUUCUCUGCCCAAAGGUCAGCCAGUUCAGACAACUUUAUUCCAAAGUCAUCAAUGAUAAGCAUGAUGAUGUGAUGGCUAAAUUUGGAGCGAUCCUGGCUCAGGGCAUAUUGGAUGCAGGUGGCCACAACGUCACAAUUUCUCUGCAGUCAAGGACCGGUCACACACACAUGCCAUCGGUGGUCGGCGUCCUGGUCUUCACCCAGUUCUGGUUUUGGUUUCCUCUCUCUCACUUUUUGUCCUUGGCUUUCACUCCGACCUGCGUGAUCGGCCUUAACAAGGACCUCAAGAUGCCAAAAGUGCAGUACCGGUCCAAUGUCAAGCCCUCCACAUUUGCCUACCCAGCACCCUUGGAAGUGCCAAAAGAGAAGGAGAAAGAAAAGGUUUCCACUGCUGUGUUGUCCAUCACUGCAAAAGCCAAGAAAAAGGAGAAGGAAAAAGAAAAAGAGAAAAAAGAAGAGGAGAAAAUGGAAGUGGACGAAGCGGAGAAGAAGGAUGAGAAAGAGAAGAAGAAAGAGCCCGAACCAUCCUUCCAGAUCCUUGACAAUCCGGCCCGGGUGAUGCCAGCCCAGCUGAAGGUGCUCACCAUGCCAGAGAGCUGCCGGUACCAGCCUUUUAAGCCUCUGUCCAUUGGGGGCAUCAUCGUCUUGCGGGACACCAGCGAGGACACAGAGGAGCUGGUGGAGCCGGUGGCCGCCCACGGGCCCAAGAUCGAGGAGGAGGAGCAGGAGCCGGAGCCCCCCGAGCCAUUCGAGUACAUCGACGACUAGGGCGAGGCGGAUGGGCAGUCCUCAGCGGAGUUUGGCACAACGUCUCGAUGUCUGGAGCCCUGGGAGGAAGUUCCUGUGGCAAGCCACAGCUCAGCGCAUGUCCCGACACUUCUCUGCUGGCAGUCCACAUUUGACAGGCGACAGAGAAAAACUAUGCCCUCUUUAGUGUACUCUUUCACAAGAAACCAGUUUUCAAAUAAAUCAAUUAAAAA